AUGUCCAAAAUCCUAAUAAUCGCCGUUAUUCUGGUCAGCACUUACGCAAUCCACAUAGUGGACCAUCACGCAUAUCCAAAGUACGAGUUCAAAUACGGAGUUGAAGAUCCUCACACUGGCGAUAGAAAAGAACGCAUUGAAGUCAGAGAUGGUGACGUGGUGAAACAAGAAUACGCUUGGGGCGAAAAAGAUCGGGAAGUAAGGGUAUCGAAAAUCGAUGCUCACGAUGUUCCUGUUCAUAUUGCUAUCAAAGGCCAUCAUUACUAA